AUGACCUCAACAGACUCAGUUGCAGCUCAAGAGGAUGCAGUUAUGGCUGGACAGCCAUCUACAGAGCUUGAAAUACAAAAGACAACCGCGACGGAAUCAGCAGAAACUGCUCUAACAACGACAGAUGGAGGAGACAAGGAGAAGAAGACAAAGAUAAUCCGACGGAAAAGACGGCCAGCAAGAGUACAGGUUGAUCCGUCCACCGUAAAAUCAGAACCGCCUCCUCAGACAGGAACGAUCUUCAAUAUCUGGUAUAAUAAGUGGUCCGGAGGCGAUCGAGAAGACAAAUAUCUCUCCCAGCAGCCCGCAGAGUCGAGGUGCAACAUCGCGAAGGAUAGCGGAUAUACGCGUGCCGAUAAAAUCACAGGAUCCUUCUUUUGCAUUUUCUUUGCUCGGGGACUCUGUCCAAAGGGGCACGAGUGUGAAUACCUUCACCGCCUACCCGGCAUACACGAUCUAUUCAAUCCAAACGUAGACUGUUUCGGCAGGGACAAGUUUAGCGAUUACAGAGAUGAUAUGGGCGGAGUGGGCACAUUUAUGAGGCAGAACAGGACUCUAUACGUUGGGAGAAUACACGUUACAGACGACAUCGAGGAGGUGGUGGCUAGACAUUUUGCGGAAUGGGGCCAAAUUGAUCGGAUACGCGUCCUUAACCAGAGAGGAGUAGCAUUCGUGACAUACACCAACGAAGCCAACUCUCAAUUCGCAAAAGAGGCAAUGUCACAUCAGAGCUUGGAUAAUAAUGAAAUACUAAAUGUUCGAUGGGCGACAGUGGAUCCAAACCCGGCGGCGCAGAAGAGGGAGGCAAGGCGUAUUGAAGAGCAGGCCGCAGAGGCUGUGAGGAGAGCACUACCUGAUGAGUUUGUGGCUGAGUUGGAAGGAAGGGACCCUGAAGCGAAGAAAAGGAAGAGAAUAGAAGCUGGGUUUAAUCUGGAUGGAUAUGAACCUCCGGAUGAGGUAUGGUAUGCGAGAAGCCGGGAAUUGGAACAAACUAAGGAUACAAAAGAGCUGGAGCCAGCGGCCCAGCAAGAGUUGAUUGAAGCACCCCCUGCGCAGCCGGCCGGAGACAAUGGAAUAUUAUCCGGUUCUACAUUGGCCGCGCUGAAGAGCUAUGGCGGCCCUAGUAUAUCUACAAAACCAGCCACGACUCAGAGCUCCGGUGGGCCUCUGGUUGCUUAUGGUAGUGAUGAUGAUAGCGAAUGA